AUGGUCAGGCCUUUCGCCCUCUUCGUGGUGCUCUUUGCCUUAGCCUCUCUGCUCAUCUCUCUCCCAGCCGCUGCUGUCGAGGUAAAUCACCUUCAGCGCCGGGCUCGCAAGAAAAGCAUGCCGACAUCCUCAGCAUCUUUCGGCGCUCAGCAGCCGCAGCAACCGCAGCUGUUUCAGCAGGAGACUCAGAUGAGCAAUGACCCAUCAUCGCCUCCCAACGCUCUGCAUCCUGACUCCGAGAAGCGAUUCGAGAGGAGCGAACAUGACUCACGACUUACGAGGUCUGCCAAUGCUGCGAAUAAAGGGAAAGAGCGCAUAUACUAUUUCGAGACGGACUACGAAAGUGACAGCGCAGAAGACGUCAAGAGGCAGCAGCGCUCCAAGCCGCGGGGUAGAAGUCAUCAGACGGAGAGACGCGGAAACAAUGUGAGCCUCGAUGCUAUUAGGAGAAAGGGCCGCGAGGUCAACGACUUGAUUGAAGCCAGAAGUGACCAAACGAAACGACAAAGCAGUAAAAUGAGGGUAGAGAUGGAGGAUCUAAGUCUUCCAGAUCUGGAAGAAGAGAAGAGGGCUCGCGAGCGUGCUAGAUAUCACAAAACAAAAGAAAGGCGCAAAGAGGAAGAAGCAGCUACCGGUCAGAAAUCAGCAGUAUCUGCUUCUAGAUUAAUCGGUCAAAAGAUCAAAAGGCUGUUAGAAGGCCAAAGCUUCGAGACGUGGAAAGGGAAAGACCAGCGAAAACUUGAGACUACGAAAAUGCGUAAAAAGCGCAGAGCGAGCUUGUUGAAAAUAAUCUCACAGCUGAGGGCAAAAUUCGAGGCUUCUAGGAGAGGAGAGAGGGGGCAUCAGAAGAAGAAGACGCAGUCGAAACAGAAGGCCCCAACGAAUCAGGAUGAACAUGAACGUGAACGUUAA